CCCCACCUCCAUCCAGCUCGAGCCAGCCCGUCGCCUGCGCGCAUCUCUCUACACUUCUACUGCUUCAUACUCUCGUAGAGAGAUCCCGCGCGGCCCAAUAAAAACCCGACUCGCUAGCUACACUACACACUCGCAGAUGGCCGGCCUCAGGAUGAAGUUCGUCGCCGUCGCCGCCAUGGCCGCCGCGCUCGUGGCGUCCGCCGCAGCCGCCGAGGCCCCCGCCCCGGCCCCCGCCUCCGACGCCGCGGCCGCCGUGCCCCUCGCCGCGGCCUCCCUCGCCGCCGCCGCCUUCGGCUACCUCUUCUGCUAGAUCCGCGCUGGACGCGUGGUUUCUGCUUGAUUUGUGAUUCGUCUGGCGCGAGUGGAGUCCGUGUCGUGCGCGUGUCUGUGUGAGUUGUUUCGGCGGGCGUGUGUCUGUAUGUAUGGAGUCGGUGGCGGAGGAGGAGGUGUGCGCGUGGUGGUACGUGCGUCGACGCUCCAUUGUUUGUGGCGGCGAUCAUGUGCCUGCCCCGUUUUCUGGUUAUCAAUGAGAUGAUUUAUUUGAUUC